CUGGGCUUUCCUUGGACGGCCCAACGCCGCUGAAUUCCUCCGUGACGCGGCGGCUGAGCGGAAGAAGAGGCCGGCGGCGAAGGGGCAGCAGGAGCUCGCCAUGGCCGAGCCCAGCCCGAAAAGGCUCAAGAGCGGCCUUCCCUUCUGCACCAUCCAUCGCCAAGGUCGAGCUCUGGGCAAGCUCGUGAAGCAGAACUUCCCGGCUGUGGUGGAGGAAGGCCUGUGCGGGGUCACCAGCGCCUUGCUGGAGUCCGCCUACGUCUUCCAGAUGCUGGGUGAAAUCUUUGAUCAUUCUGAUAUGGCUUUACCAAAUGUCUCAAAAUUCUUCCGGGAUCGGGCUCAGGAGGAGAGGGAAGCAGCAGAAUCUCUGAUACAAUACCAACAUGACAGAGGAGGCUUAUAUUGCACCAGAGUUAUCCAGAAACCACCCAACGUAUUGAUAAAUGGUGUGGCACCAGCCCUGGAAGUAGCCCUUCUACAGUGCAAGAUGGUGGCAGGCUAUUUUGAAGAGCUUUAUGCUCUGAGCAUCAAGAACUUAGACCCUAACACAGCAAGCACAAUUAAGAAGCAAUUUCUUGCACCCAAAAUCCAGAGGAUCAAGCUGAUGGGAGAUCUAAUUACCAACGCUCGUAGGCUUAGGAGUGCCCAGGAUGGCAAAGGCGACCUUGAGAACUAUCUUAUAGACCGUUUGCAAAAAGAGCUAAAGAUUAGUCCAGAUUCAGAAGCUCACUGCAGUCUCUGUGCACCACUUCAGAAAUGCCCAGGAGCUGCAAGGGAGCUGCAACUGCUGCGAGAUGAAUUCCCACAGCAUAACAAUAGCACAAAACCAAAAUACACAGGCCUAUAUUGCUCCCUCUUUCAGCCUCAGUGGAAAGGUAUACGGGAGGCAGAUCGAAGGCAAGCGCAGAAAUGGUAUUAGAUUGAUUGGGAUCAUGAAGUACCCCACUGCUGAGCAGCUAUAUGAUAUUCAUAUAUCACUAAAUUAGCCCAGCAUAGAUAUCUAUGGGUAGACAUCUGCUACGUGAAAGCAGUAUUCCCACAAACAGGAUAAUUGUACAAUCACAAUGUAGCCAUUAUUCUUUAUUUUGUCAGUUGCACCUUGUUUGAAAGGGCAGUUAUUCCAAAAUAAUAAUUACACUGUGAUUUUGCAUAUAUGAUCUUAGAGAUUUUCCAGGUUGGGUUUAUUUGGGGCCAGCUAGCAAUAUAUAAAGCUAAAAAAACA